AGCAUCAGUUUCAUUAUCUUCCUUUCUCAUCACUCUUCUCCUGCUGGUCAGGUCUCCAUAGGUCUUCGAUCAAUCCUUCUGACUACUUCACUCAUCUUCACUCCUCAUUUGUUUUCACACCUUUCUUCUCAAACAUAUACCACGAUAAUAUCACAGUCUCGCAAUGGCUCCCAUUAAGAACAUCCUCCUGGCUCUUUUCAUCGCUGCCGACCUCGCAGCAGUGUCAGCCCACAGCGUCAUCACCAAUGCCGUUGGUGAUGCCGGUGGUUCUGGUAUGGCACUCGGUGUCGAUACUUCAACUCCUCGAGACGGAACUCGAAGACGUCCUUUCCAGACGGAUGCAACCCGCUUCCGAGGCAGUGCUGCUGAUACCGUCGGCGAAACCUUGGCUGGCGGUGACAACGACAUCGAGCAGGGAACAGUGGAUAUUAUGGAAGAGACAGGAAGCCAGCUCCCUCAGGUCAACCCCGGUGGUAGCCUUGAGAUGACGGUUCAUCAGGUCAACUCAGACGGUGCUGGUCCAUAUACCUGCAUGAUCAACGCCGACGGCACCGGUACGUCGUGGGAUAAUAUCCCUGUGACAACUAAUGUUGAGGGUAAUGAGCGGGGUCGCAACCGAGACGGCGAGAUGGGAGACUUUCCUCUUGUUGCUUCUAUUCCCGCCGGGCAAAACUGUACUGGAACAGUCGCAGGCGAGGAUAACGUCUGUCUUGUACGCUGCCAAAACCCAGCUCGCGCUGGCCCGUUCGGUGGUGUAAUCCCGGUCCAGAUGGCUCAGGCCAACAACGGCAAUGCUGGAAAUACUGGUAACGCCGGAAACACUGGAAACACUGGCAAUGCUGGUAACGUGGCAAUGAUGAGCAGGAGGAGGAGGAGGAUGGGAACGACACUGGCAGCCGCAACAAUCGCCGCGCCACUCGCUUCUCCGCAUAAGCUGAUAAUGAUUGGUAAAGCGAACUUGAAAACGGAAGACGGGACAUUUGACAGAUAG